GCGGGGUUAGAUAGUGGGAAGUGCCCCGUACGCCGGUGUCUCCCUGGUUGCGCAAGACGCCAUUUUGGAGUGACAGUGAAAGAUAACGGAAAGAUCGAGAAGCUGUCUUUCUAAAGCUUCGUCACCAUGGGGAAUGUAUUCACAAGCUUAUUCAAAGGCCUGUUUGGCAAAAAAGAGAUGAGGAUUCUCAUGGUUGGGCUCGAUGCUGCUGGAAAAACCACCAUCCUAUAUAAACUGAAGCUUGGAGAGAUAGUCACCACCAUUCCCACCAUUGGUUUUAAUGUUGAAACUGUAGAAUACAAGAACAUCAGCUUCACAGUGUGGGAUGUGGGCGGUCAGGACAAAAUCAGGCCGCUGUGGCGCCACUACUUCCAGAACACUCAAGGGCUCAUCUUUGUGGUGGACAGCAACGACAGGGAGCGAGUGAACGAGGCAAGAGAGGAGUUGUCCAGAAUGCUGGCAGAGGACGAACUCAGAGACGCCGUGCUGCUCGUCUUUGCAAAUAAACAGGAUCUCCCCAACGCUAUGAACGCUGCAGAGAUCACAGAUAAGCUGGGCCUGCACGCCCUCCGCCAGCGCAACUGGUACAUCCAGGCCACGUGCGCCACCAGCGGGGACGGCCUGUACGAGGGCCUCGACUGGCUCUCCAACCAGCUGAAGAACCAGAAAUGAUCCAUUCCAACUUUUUUUUUUUUUUUGAAGUAUUUUUUUGUUUUGUUUGUUGUUUAUUUUUUUUCUGUUUCAAUACAACGGCAGCACCGGACCCAGGCCCCCCCCAACACCACCACCCUCUUGCCCCCAUCUGACCCCCGCCUCAUCUUCAUCCCCAGGUCUUUCUAUUAAGAACUUCCUCCAUGCCCCCAGCCCCCUCUCCCCCUCCUGCUUUCUGCCCUCGUCAGUACCCUCAGGGCUGUAGCCUGUGCUGCUUGUGUUUGUGGGCGUGCGUGCGUGCGCGUGUGUGUGUGUACCCUGUGUGUUCAGCGAGUGUGUGUGUGUGUGAAGGCGUCUCUGUGUAUGUUGGCUGGGAUUGGGAGUGACCUGGCGUGCCUUUUACACACCUCCUGUGGAAUGAGCAGUCUGGUUUUUGAGCCCCUUUCUCCAUCCACCAAACUCAGCCUCUGCCUCACUCAGAACCUCCGUCUCCCCCCCAAGUCUUGCACGCCCCCCACACCCUCUCCACCCUUACUUUCCAGGGGAAGCAUGGUUUUCAUACGGCAAAGAAAGAGCAAGGGUGCAAGCUCCCUCCCCGCCUCCCCCCCCCCUGUAGUAUAUAUAUAUCUAUGUUAACUAGACAAUGUUCACCUGAUGUAGACUGAAUGCUAAAUGUUCAUUUUAAACCUUUUUUUAUUUUGAAACUUCAAACCCACUAGUAAGAGAUUCAGUAAAUUGCAUCUUAACCUGUAUCAGGUCGAAGCAAAUAAAAAAAGGACAAAUAACCCUCCACAACAACAACAACAACAACCUGCCCAUCCUUGGUCAUUCUGGUGUCAUUUGAAAAUCAUGCUGUUUGUUUUAUUAUUAUUAUUAUUAUUAUAUUGGAAUAUAACGGAUUAUUCUUAGCAAUGGUUCUCCAUUGAACUCUACCUUUAUCCCCCCCCCCCCCCCCCCACCCCCCAGCAGGUGAGACUGUGAAGCACAAAGCAAGCCAACAAUUUAAAAAUUAAUGAAACUAGAAUCAUAGAGUAUAUACGUAAUUUUUGGGGGUAGUUAACAUUGAAUUCUCUGGAUUCAAUGUUGAAGUCGACCUUCGGUACAAAGAAUCAGGAAACCAGGUUAUUUCACAAAGCUUCACAUGCUAUUCCUUUAAGACAUGUUACACGUGGCUUUCUUUUCUUUUUCUGUAACUAGUUUUUGCGUUUCUACUCGUACUUUUCACUGCUGAACCAAAUGCAUUUCUAGCAGUAAGACAAAUCCUGUACAGGAAGUAGUGAGUCCCGGACGGGCCCGAGGAGGCCGACCUCCUCUCCAACGGUUUGGCAGUUUAACUUUUUCGAGACCUGAAAAAAAAGCAUCCUGUUGUUGUGAUGUUUUGGGGGUGAAAGUGAAGGAAUUGGCACCAAAUAUGAAGGCUCUUUAACUGUGAACCACCCGGACCCGAGUGAGUGAGUGAGUGAGGGGGGGGGGGGGGGGGGGACUCGCUGCGGGUCGCCGGGCGCUGACAGGCUACAACACAUCACGGCGCCGCGUAACUUCAUGAAUGGAAUUAAAGAAUCAAGGCGACGGGUCACCCCCGACCCGGCGGUCGGGGGCCUCAGCGGGUGUUCUCGGUGUCGGAGACGUGGGGGGGUGAAGAUGGCACUUGUGUCGAGAAUGAUUGUAAAUCUGUAACGUUCCCCUGUAAACUGUUUCUGUGGGGAUUUCCUGAACACAUUAAUAAACAUGAUUUGAUCCAACACUUCA